GCAAUAUACACGUUCGGGAGCCUGUAUCAACUGCUCUUAUAGACAACAUCAGAUCACAUCUUGACACAGAAACUUUUACACACUUUCUGCGAAUGAAAACAUGUCCAACAUGGACCACAACAGAUGGACAGAGUGACACAUACCUUCUUGAGUAUAGUAUGGACUGCAGAACAAGUGUUAUGGAAAUAGCAAGUUCAAGACAUUUCGGGGAUCCCUUUAUUGAUAUUGUUAUAAAGAAAAACAUUGACUUAGUUCUUAAAAUGGUGAAGUUCGUUAUGGAAAUGCAUCGUUGUUCGUGGAUUCUUGGAUCAAUACGAUGUGCCGAUUUGUACCUUUCUAAUGAAAAUGAUCAGGUUGUGAUGGCUAGAUUAGGAAGAAUGUUAUGGUUUGACCGAUCAGGAUUAAAAGAUGAUUAUGUUAUUGCUAGUCACGAUUGUACAGAUACUCUGAGAUGGUGCCCAAUAGAAGUGCUUCAAUUCAAACAGUACUCAUUUGCAUCAGACAUGUACUCACUAGCUAUGGCAAUCUACGAGUUUUUCAUGACAUUGUCUGUUAAUCAGAAAGAUCCAAUGGCAGGAGAAAUGGAAUCAGCACCUUUUCCAUACGUAGCUUUUGAAGAUUUACGUGACCAUCUAUUCAGUGAUGGCAAGCCAGACCAGCCAGAAGCCUGCCCAGAGUGGUUGUAUAAACAAAUGAGUCGAUGUUGGAGUAAAGACAAGGACGAGCGUCCUACUUGUAAACAACUUUUUGAUAGCAUAGAAAAUCAUUUACGAUUGGAAGAAGAUGUGUCUGAACAAGAUCAGUAUGAUCAGAUAACCGAACAGACAGACAGUAAUGAUCAAUACGAUGACUUCAUAGAUAAUGGAGCUACACAUAUUGAGAAUGUUGGGGUUGGUGAAAUGGAAGGGGAUAAUAUACAUUACGAAAUAAUACCUUUUGAGUGUGUUAAUAGUGACAGUGAUUCUGAAGACAAUGAAAUUGUAUUACCAAAACAACAGCAAAGGAAAACUAUAGCAAAACAAGUAGAUCCGAAUUCUGAUGCAAAUACAACAGAUAGACUGGAAUAUGGUUUUGUUACAAAUACGGAUAACGAGUUGGAAUCUCCCAGGGCAAAUAGUGUUGUAUUUGCAUUGGACAUAUGAAUCUCCGUUUCAAUUUGUAUCAGUUUAAAUCUAAGAACUGUGGAAGUCAUAUGUAAAAAUAAAGCUUGGCUCCUAUUUAAAUCCGAGAAUUUCGAUUUCGUCCUAUCUUACCUUUUUUGCAAAAUUAUAUGUUGUUUAAAUCAAUAUAUUGUGUGUCUUGAUCCAACAUUUCAUUUGUUUCCUGUUCU